GUUCUUUACUCGGUUCUUGACACAGUCUGUCAUCCUUCUUCGAUCUGAAAUCUUCUUCUACAUACUUUGAACGUAUAAUAAAGGGUCCCACAUGCUUUUUACUUGUAUUCCAUAGAUAAAUAAUUAAGGAACAAAGUCGAAUACAAAGAUUUACAGUUCCUUUACACUUUUCUUUUGGUAGGACAAAAAAUUGCUGACGCGGACAUAAAAUAUCACGUGAUAUUUCUAUCCUAGGAUAAAUUUUCACGGGGGACAAUUUUUUUCGUGACAGGCCAGUGGAAGUGGUCAUUGGUUUUCUUAGCUGACAAUUACUGUGCCUGUCAGCAUAGAUAUGCUGUCAGCCUGUCUAGCUAUGUGAACAGAUUGAUAGAUCUAGAGAUUGUAAUCAUGGAGGACCUGAUACCAAAGAUAAUAGAUUCAGUAGGCCCUAAAUGGGCCCAGUUGUACUCUUUUUUAGGUCUGGAUUAUAGAGGAAGAUUUCAAAUAUCAACUAAUAAUCAAAGCAUAUCCCCAGAAAGGGUGAAACACAGGCAGUGUGCAUUAGAAACAAUUAGAAAAUGGCAGAAAGAAGUGGAAGGGAAAGAUGAAAUGGAGUGUAUGCAGAUAUUACUGGGUCACUUACAAAGAGUGAAAGGAAUGGGCGGGUUAGCAAUGGAACUUGCUAAUGAAUAUGGUGUAGAAUUAAAAGUUAAACCUUCAUUAGUUAGCUCUGAGUCUCAUUUAUCGUCAAGUGAAGAAAGCCAAAGGGAAGAAUCAUUUUUAUACAAAAGUUCAUUAUGGAGUCAACCCAUUGACACAAGAAACAGAGGACACAAGUUUGCUGUCUUAGAUAUAUGCCAGCGAAUGACCAAGAAUCACUUUAAACAAUUUGUUUCUUACUUGGGCCUGGACAGUACAAGAAUAGAGGCCAUUAUUAGAGAAGAGCCUUUGCUAGAGGAGCAAUAUUACACAGCUUUAAAGGAGAUAAUAGAAUCAAAAGGGGCAGCUGUAACUUUGAAUGACUUAAAGGAAGGUCUCCGUUUAUGCUUAAGACAUGAUCUAGUGGCCCUUGUUAUGAGACGCAUUGAGGCUACAAGGGAUUAGUUUCCAUUAAUGAACUUAUUUACACAAUUAAUAGUUUUCAAUUUUAUUAUAGCACAUUACAUUUGCAGCAUUUUGAUCUAGUUUCGGUUUUUGGAUCUUCUAUAAACAGAGAAAA